AUGAAGACUUCCAUCUCCUCGGAUGUCUGGGAGAAGAAGAAAGCCUUGAUCGCCAAGUUGUAUAUGGAAGAGGAAUGGCCUCUCAAACAAGUCAUCAAGCAGAUUCGCUCUGAUGAUUUCAAUCCUAGUGAGACUCAACUUCGAAGCCGUUUAAAGAAAUGGCGAGUCACCAAACCUUCCCGCCAGACGCGCAAGAAACCCCAGGGAUCUACCUCGGGUGAUGAGUCUGAGAGGGACGGAAAGAGUGUUUCAUCCGUCUCUUCUCGCAGCCACAGGUCUCCCGCUUCAAAGCCGAGAUCUAUCUCCCGUUCGGACUGGACUGCGCACCCGGCCUAUGCACCAUCCGACGUGCACUCCGUGGAUCAGAAGUGGAACGCUCCCUUGGCCCAGCAGUUGACGCCCACUCUGUCGGGCGAGCACGUUCUCGUUUCUGACCGACACCUUCAUUCUUUCCCAGACCACAGCCCAACCACAGCUUCCUUUGAGCAGCCUGGUCACACUUCGCCGGUGCCCGACGGUCUCAUGGUCAGCACUUCCUCUGCUGUGACACCGGCCUACGCGGCAUACCCUCUCUCUCCCGAUUCCUGUUUUCCUAGCCCUGGUUCAUCAACUACACCUGCCUUGGCCCAAUGGCCGCCUCGCUCCGUCUCAGUCGAUAUGAAUCUCAACCCUGCCCUACACCCGGGCCACUGGUACCACAUGCCCUUUGAGCCCAUCACUCCUCCAUCCGGUGUUCCUCACUCUGCUACUCCUGUCUACCGAGACCAUAUGCCCAUGGUCGCUUCUCACGGUGUCUACCCUCAUGAAUAUGCUCACUACAAUGAGGCUCCUGAAUACCACGGUUACGACCCCAAGCCCUGGAAGCGGACUAUGUCUCUCCAGUACGACUACCACAGAAGAUCUGAGCACGAGAGGAAGAGCGUGCCAUCCCACAGCCACCCUCCCACCAUGGUUCCCCUGCCUUCGUCCCAGCCGGCUGGGCCGCACGCAGCGAUGUGUGCACCUCUGAUGCCAUACAUGGGCCAGGACCCGAUGGCCCAGAAGCCUCCUGGCGUGGGAUACUAA